AUGCUGCAAACAGUUUGGAAGGAAUUAGGAGUUAAAAAGGGAGUACCAGUGGAACGUUUGCUGCGAUGUAAAUUCCAACAAUUUCGAAUUUUUGCAAUGGUUCAAGAAAUUUUUGAUGCGAAUUAUGACGGUCGUCAGUAUGACGCAUUGCGAGCUAGAAAUAACGAACCACUUCCGGCAAGUUGGACAGCAUCAUCCCGACCAGUUCCAUCAAAAGCUCAUAAGAUUGCCAGAAAUAAUUCUUUUGCACAUCAACGAGAAGAGAGCCAUGUAGUUCUGCGUGAAUAUGAACUGAUGAUUCAGGAAUUAAAGGAGAAUGUAAGAAUACUUCGUAAUCAAAGACAUUUUUAUCACGACAAGGUGCGAAAAUUAAACUGCUUUGUCAGAAUGCUCAGGAUAGCUCUGUUAUUCCGCGCGAAGAAAUCAUGGCAAUUUUAUACGAAACACAGGAAAAUUUUGUCGCCCCGGAUCAGGAAUGCAAUCAAGAAGACAGCUAUUACAUAG